CAAAUCAGACAUCAUCAUCAUUUAAAAAAAAAUAUUUGGGUACAUCGUUAUCUGACUUGGAGAAACUAAAUCAAACGUGUAAUUUCACUCUUCAGAAAGUGAGAUGAAGCGAGCAGUUUACAUGCGCGUUUUCUAUAACAAAUAUUACCACGCAGUGAAUAUGCAUUGAUAUUAUUUCAACGUACCGGUACUGUAUUGUGUGUGUUCGUGUUUAAGACGCCGCACUAAUUGCUGUGGUGUAAAUGCUCCUCCGGUGCGCUCUUAUUAACCAGAAGCGCAGUGAUGCAGAUCCGAGCCGAGUUUAUGUCACUCACAAGGAAGUGAUACCAGUGCGCGGUGCACAGCUGGCUUCAACUUUGCAAAGCUUCUUCACAGAGGACGUCUUUCAACCGCUAGUGCGAACACUAUCCAAAACGUUAGCGCCGUUCCGCUGGAAACGGCCCCUGCCUUCUCAGUCAUGCCCACGCUGCCUCUACUGCUGUUGCUGCUGUCUGUGUACAGGGCUGCCUUCACAGAGCCUCUCCAGAGGACUCGCAGCAUUCGGAAGAGGGGUCUCUUGGAGUUGGCUGGCGUGAUCAAGUGCAGCACUGGGCGGUCUGCGCUUGCCUACGUCAUGUACGGCUGCUACUGUGGGCUGGGGGGGCAGGGCUGGCCCAGGGACAAGGCGGACUGGUAGGUGUGAUAUGAACCCUGGCGUGCAG